GCUAAACAACAAGGGCGCAGUUGACUCAAUCGUGAAGAUGGAAACCGGCAGGUUAGCAGUGGAGAGAGUUAGCGGCAAGUCCAGCGUAACCCGAUGCUUCUCCAAGUACCCUCUCAAGUUCAUCGUUCCCACUAAGGCUGGGCGUUCAGAAAUUGAUGCUGUCUGGAUCUACACUCUCACUUAUGGUGGUGGCAUUGUUUCGGGCGAUUGUAUCUCCUUUGACAUUACUGUUGAAGAUGAUUGCACUGCUGUUUUGACAACUCAGGCAUCUACUAAGGUGUAUAAAUCGGUGGCCUUGAAGUGCUCUGAGCAAAUUAUGGAGGCAAGCAUAGGCAAUGGUGGCCUUUUGGUUGUCAUUCCAGAUCCAGUGACAUGUUUUUCUACUGCGAAAUACUCCCAAAAGCAAGUGUUCAGAAUCAUGUCUGGCUCGAGCUUGCUGGUUGUUGAUUGGAUCACUAGCGGGCGUCAUGAAAGUGGAGAAAAAUGGGAUUUCAUACUUUAUAAAAGCACCAACCAUAUAUAUAUGGAAACCAAGCCUCUAUUUCUUGAUACGGUACUACUUGAGAACGGAAAUGUUACGAGUAUCGCUGAACGCAUGCAAGAUUACCAAGUAAUUGCAAUGGUUAUUUUGCUGGGGCCUAAGUUGAAGCACAUACAAAACCAAAUUCAAGAAGAUGUGAAGAAGAUAAUGUCAGAGCAACUACAUGCUCCAUCUAUGGGGGGAAGAACUAAAGCAAUUAAUGGUGAUGGCUAUACAAAGCCACCCCUUGUCGCUUCUUGUAACUCCUUUGGUCCAAAGGGAAUCGGUAGUGUUGUCAGAAUAGCUGCCACAACAACAGAAUCAGUCUACGGGUUUCUUCGUAGUCAAUUGGCUGGUUUGGAACCAUUGAUUGGUUUGUGCCCGUACCACUAGAUUUUGCAAAUUCAUUGUGAUCCAUCUCGCACACCCUCUGUAAGUCAACUAUAAUUUCUUUCAUUGUUAUUUGUCUGGAUGUUCAAUAUUAUAAGAUGCGAUUUUAUAAUGGAAACUGAGACAAGUGACAUUAUCAUAUGAAA